UUCUCCAUUUUACACAAGUUCAUUUGACAGGCGUCGGGGUCGAAUCCGGAGACCUCCUCGAGAAGAGUGCACCAACUGAUGAUGUUCUUCUUUUGCACUUGUGCCGUCUAUGCCGUUCCUUUCCAGGAUGUGGUGUGUGGGAGCGUUCCUCCCGGGGCACAGCACGCGGACCUGAGUAAUCAGCGCUCCGGAGCCGUUGGCGUCCGGAUCUGCGGCCGGGAUGGGCAGGCUCUGCUCGCCAAAAUGCGCCGCCGGCACGGACCGACGGCCCCGCAGCUGGCGCGCGUUAGCGUCCAGGGGCCGCCGCGCUGCCCCGUUCGCGGUCUUACAUGGGGCCUCCUUCACCAAUGCCUCAGGGAACCCGGGAGAGCGGCGGGAGAGGCCGGGGGCGUGGUGGGGAAGGCCGCCCCCGCCCCGCUGGGGGUCCCUCCGUCCGAGGCCCCUGGAGCCGCGCUCCGGCGGGGCCGCUCGCCGUGCACAGCAAGCCGCGGAGGCGCCACCGCGGUUCGAAGCGACGAGCAGCCGCCCCAAGGGCGAACUGCCCCACCCGGACCACGCCGGGCGGGGGCUCUGCUUGAGGUACGGCCGGGGCGGGGGCCGAGGGGUCUCCGCGGCCACAGCCGCCGCCGCCUUCCGGAGCGAGAGGUGAGGGGACGGAGCGCUCCCACCAGCCCCGGGCCGCAGAGGCGUGUUGCGGUUGCUGCUGUCGGUACCGCAGAGGGAGCCAGCAGGCACGUUUCUAGCCAUUUCCAGGAAAGCAGGACUUCAUCCGGUUUAGCAGUGACUCGGGAAGCCCUGUGCCGUCAUGUCGUGUGUUUCCCCCUUUCUCCUUCUACCCCCAGCUUAGAUGGUGGAGCAUGGCAUCAUACGGUGUGGAAUAGGCCUUUGGUUGGUUGGUUCAGAAGUCCCAGCUGUGUUCCAUGCAAACUUCUUGUGCCAUCCAACUCCUGGGACAGGAGCCACAGGAGAAGCAGAGAUGGCCUUGACUCUGCAGAAAGCAAAGUCACUCGUCUGAUUGGGAUUGUUCACCAUGAAGAUGUAAAACAACUGUACUGCUGGUUCUGCUGUCAGGCCAAUGGAAAGAUAUAUGUAUCAAAAGCAAAAAUUGAUGUUCACUCAGACAGAUUUGGAUUCCCUUACGGUGCAACAGAUAUAGUUUGUUUAGAACCUAAAAACUGUGAUCCAACACAUGUAUCAAUUCAUCAGUCUCCAUAUGGAAAUAUUGACCAGCUGCCGAGGUUUGAAAUUAAAAAUCGCAAGCCUGAGACCUUUUCUGUUGACUUCACCGUGUGCAUUUCUGCCAUGUUUGGAAACUACAACAAUGUCUUGCAGUUUAUACAGAGUAUGGAAAUGUAUAAGAUUCUUGGAGUACAGAAAGUGGUGAUCUAUAAGAACAACUGCAGCCAUCUGAUGGAGAAAGUCUUGAAGUUUUAUAUAGAAGAAGGAACUGUUGAGGUAAUUCCCUGGCCAAUAAACUCACACCUCAGGGUUUCUUCUGAUUGGCGCUACAUGCAAGACGGGACACACAUUGGCUACUAUGGACAAAUCACGGCUCUAAAUGACUGUAUAUACCGUAACAUGGAAAAGAGCAAGUUUGUGGUCCUUAAUGAUGCUGAUGAAAUAAUUCUUCCCCUUAAGCACCCAGACUGGAAAACAAUGAUGAACAGUCUUCAGGAGCAAAACCCAGGGACUAGUGUUUUCCUCUUUGAGAACCAUAUCUUCCCAGAAACUGUAUCUUCUCGCAUGUUCAACAUUUCAUCUUGGAAUACUGUGCCAGGUGUUAACAUAUUACAGCAUGUAUACAGAGAGCCUGAUAGGAAAGAUGUAAUCAAUCCCAGGAAAAUGAUAGUUGAUCCACGAAAGGUGAUUCAGACUUCAGUCCAUUCUGUCCUACGUGCUUAUGGGAAGAGUGUGAAUGUUCCCAUGGAUGUUGCCCUCAUUUAUCACUGUAGGAAGGCCCUUCAAGGAAACCUUCCCAGUGAAUCUCUCAUCAGGGAUACAACACUGUGGAGAUAUAACUCAUCAUUAAUCAUGAAUGUUAACAAGGUUCUAUCUCAAACCAUGCUGCAAACUCAAAAUUGAAAACUCAGUUAUAAGGAGUGAAAGUGGAGGGCUACCUGUAUUGUGGGAAGACAGAUAUAAUUUAAAAAUUACAUGACAUUGAUUUUCACAUGGAGUCUACAUUUUUCUGCAGUUAUUUAGGGAAUCUAUAGCAAAGCCAUGAAUCAUUUAAUGAUACCAAGGGUCAAUGCAGAUUGCAGUAUCUCUUCUGUGAAAUGUACAGUUUGUUUUCAGUUAAUAAUAAAAAUCAGUAUUUGUCAAGUGAUUCAAAUAAUGCAAUACCUUUCUGUAUUUGUACAGAAAGUAUAAAUACAAUCACUAGUAUUAAAGGUAGCAUUGCUUAAUUCUUGCAGUAUGUCACUGGGUACUAAAUUUGUAUGCAUCAAUUUGAGUAAAAAGUAGACAAGUAAUUGAGUACAAUUUUCCUUUCAGUUGUAAAAAAACUACCCCUUAUAUUCUUGGAAAUAGUGUAUGUUAAAGAUGUGAUGGAUUGUAAUGCCAAACACAGCAGUUGGAGUUUUGCUGAUAAAAAAUGUCUUGUUCUACUGGGCUUUGGAGACAUGUAAUUUUGAGAAGAGUGAUUGCACCUGUUCUGAAUUACUAAAGUGGUAAGUGCUGAGUUGUGUUGGAAAUCUUUAAUAGAGGAAAGGGACAGAGAUUCAUCUUAAUGAAAAAGAUACUUUUAUGAACCAAAAAGAACCUAUUUCAAGGAGGAAAAAAUAGAUGGCCAAACAACUUUUAUGAAAUGUAAUAUUUUGUUGGGUUUUUUUUUCUGGCACCUUGAAGCCUCAUUAGAAAAUGUUACAUGAAAUUUAGACACAAGUUGGAUUUUAGUCCUUUAUGUGAUAGGCAAGUUGAUUUAUAUUGCUUCCUUAGUAGGUGUAAGGGUAUAGAAGCUGCAUUUUUUUCCAGCCUCUGUCUGGAAAUAGUGCUAAGUAGUGACUUUUGCUGAAGGGCUAGGUGGAAACCAAACAGAAAAGCCAUUUGCUCACUUCUGUUUCACAGUUUCAGUUUCACAGUUUCAGUUUCUGUUUGAUAAGCCCCCAGAACUACAUGCAUUGCAUGUGUUGUGGCAAUGUACUCAUACCUUCCUACUGAAGGCACUUCUGAAGGCAGCAAUAGCCUGACACUGGUGUCAGACAGAGAGAAGUGUAUGAGAGCAAGUAUGUUCUUUAAAAUUUCUACUUUAGUUUGUUUCAUGCUGUCAUUCCUUUAUCUACUUGGUAGUGGCACAUACCUGUGCCCUUAAAGAGCUGUGUUAUUAGUGGAAUAGUAUCAUUAGCAAUGUCCAAAGGGAACUUCAACUUCGACUGCAGCAUCUCCCAGUCUUUAUCAACAAACUGGCAGGUGUAUUAGGAUAUGAGAUGCCUGCUGCUAUCAGUCUUACAAUCUUGUGUGGCAACAGGUCCAUUUAGAAUUUCGGACUCGUUGUUUAGAAGGGGCAUCUGAAAGUCCC